AGAGGUAAUUGAGCAGACAAGUUUGAGUCUCGUGCCAACUUCGCCCACUUCCAGUCAAUGAGCACAGGAGAACAGUUUCACUUUCAUUUAGAAUCGUAUAAAUACACCUGUGCUCCCCGUCUCAGAGCAGCACCUUCACUCUCCUGAAGAGCCUCGCUGAAACCUUACCUCACACCUCAAGACUAACAGAGACAUGGCCUCUCGAGUUGCAGCUCUGCUCCUGCUGGGUGUCAUCUGCCUUGGCUUUGUGACAGCUGAGGUUCCAGUAGACUGCUGUUUGCAAACCUCUUCCAAACGCUUCCCAUUGCACAUCGUCGCACACCACAUGAUUCAAGAGGCUGGCCAAGGCUGUGAGAUUGGAGCCACAGUGAUCAUCACAAAGGUUGGAAAGCAACUGUGUUUUUCCCAUCCCAGUGUGGAACCAUGGGUGCAAAACUACAUCAGGCAUCUGGAGAAGACCAAGCCAAACAAUCAGAAGUAGAAAUAAGAAAACUCCAGGAAAGAUGGCUGAAGACCUCAAAGUCCAACUUCAAACUGAGAGUGGAUAUCAGAGUCAGACAAUCAUCUGUUUGUCUGGAAGAUCAAAAUCAGACUUAGCUCAUAUUUAUGAUCAUUUUAACAUGAGCCAAUCAGACAGCAGCUAAAUGUACAAUUCUCCAUGAGUGUAAAUAAACCAUUUGUUAAUAUACCUUUCCUUUCUAUCCUCUUUGUUUUGCGUUUUAUGUUUAAUUAUAAGACUGCUGGGUUUUUUUUACAUUUUUUAAAAGUGUGUUUUUUCUGAUCAAGAAUUUGAGCUCUGUUUGUUUAAAUUACU